ACAAUGCCGUCGAAACGUUCAAUAGUCAGCGAAGAAGAAGAGGAGGAGGAGGAUGAGGAGGAAGCAUCCACGCAUCCUAUAUCUGAGUCUGCAAUUAGCAAUGGGAAUACCACCUCUUUCAGAGAUCAAUUGUCAAAAUUCCAAUACACCUCAACAUCAUCAUCCCUCCCAACCGACGAUUCAAACCCACGAAGAACCUCAAAACGCAUCCGUAUAACCAAAACCACAGACGCCACCACCACACCUUUAUCAGCAUCAUCAUCACCGACCACAUCACCACGACCCCCCAAAAGAAACCAAAAGUCAAAGCCUAAAGCAACCCGCCAACCAAGCAAAUACGCUCCGCCAACGAAAUACGCCCAUCUCACUCCUCUAACCGACAUCCUCACCCCCAACCUAAUCUGCAUCUUCGUCGGUACAAACCCAGGCAUCCAGACCGCAACAAAAGGCCACGCCUACGCACACCCCUCAAACCAUUUCUGGAAACUGCUCCACGCCUCCGGCCUCACGGAUCGACGUCUCCUCCCCGAAGAAGACAACACCCUGCCAGCAAAAUACUGCAUGGGCAACACCAACAUCGUCGCGCGCCCUUCCAGCAACGCCGCCGAGCUCUCAAAGCACGAAAUGGCUGCUGGCACGCAGGUCCUCGAGGAGAAGUUUCAAAGGUACAGGCCGGAGGCGGUGUGUAUUGUUGGGAAAGGGAUCUGGGAGGCGAUUUGGCGGUGGCGGUUCGGGAAGAAUCCUACUAAAGACGAGUUUCGCUACGGGUGGCAGGAUGCUGAGCAUAAUAUGGGAAAGAGUGUGGAAGGGGAUGAAGAUGGGAAGUGGGAGGGGGCGAGGGUGUUUGUUACGACUAGUACUAGUGGGCUUGCUGCCGGGUUGAGCAUGGCGCAGAAGGAGGAGAUUUGGAGACCGUUUGGGGAGUGGGUUGAGAGGAGGAGGAGAGAGAGAGGGUUUGUUGUUGGUGGGGAUGGAGAUGGUGUGGGGAAUUGA